UCUUUGUGUCGUAACAGGGGAACUUGGCCGCGCCAGAAGCCCUGCGAGGAGCGCCCGCCUCGUCGCGCCGCGUGGCGGGGGGGCUCCUCCCGCCGCCAUGGCCGAGCCCCGCCUGAAGAAGCGCCGGGGCAGCCUGCCCGUGUGCCCCAGCCACCAGCUCGCGGUUGGCAGCCGGGCGAGGCAGAACUUCCCGGCGGCGGUGGAGGAAGGCCUGUGCGGGGUCACCAGCGCCCUGCUGGAGCUCGCCUACCGCCUCCAGGCGCUGGGUGAAGUUUUUGAUCAGUCUGAUGUGGCUCUACCAAACUUUUCAAAGUUUUUCCGGCAGCAGGCUAAAGAAGAGAAGGAAGCUGCAGAGGCCAUGCUGAAAUACCUACAAGAGAGAGGAGGCCGUUACUGUACCAGAAUCAUCCAGAGACCAAACUGUGAACAUGUAUCCAAUGUGGUGAAGGCCCUUGAAGUUGCAUUGGUUCAAUGGAAAACAAUGACAGGAUAUUUUGAAGAGCUGUAUGCCCUGAGCAUUGAAAAUGCAGACCCUCAUAGUGCAAGUACUAUUAAGAAACAAUUUGUUGAACCCAAGAUCCGGAAGAUCAAGUUGAUGGGAGACCUCCUUACCAAUGCUCACAGGCUUGUGUGUUCCCAAGAUGGCAAAGGCAACCUUGGAGACUACCUUAUGGAACGGUUACAGGAAGAGCUAAAAACAGGCAUAGAGACCGAUUCUAGGCACCACUGCACCCCCUGUACAUCUCUUCAGCAAUGUAGAGGGACUGCAAAGGGGUUGCAACGGCCCCCAAAAGAAUUCUCCCAGAAGAGCAGUAGCAUAGGGCCAAUUCAUGCAAACCAGUGCUGUCCCUCCUCACAGUCUCUGUGCAAGGAUAUGCCAGGGGCAAAACGGAGGCAAGAGAAGGAAUAGUUGGAGCACUAUGCCCAUUCUUGGCCAUGGAGAAACCUAUAGGCAGCCACAGGGGAGGCUGAUGUAAGUUGUCAGCCCCAGGGAUGCUUUGGCUCCAAAUUGAGUCUGAAAUCCAGGAGAUGAAGUGAUGGUUUAAAGCCCCAUGACUCCACCUCCCUCCCCCUUUACACUCUUCCUCCUGGGCUGUGCUUUCUGUGCCAUGCCUCCUCCAAAGUGCAGCACAGAAUCUAAUCUGUAAUAUACCACCUCGUAUCAUAGGUAUUAAGGCUGCUAGAUAUAGAGAAUGUCAACAUUAAUUUAACCUUUCAGAGUCUCUUACCCAUAAAUAACAUUUCUUUAUUUGGAAACUACCAGACCUCUAGGUUUCUUUCUUGUCUUAAAUGGUUGAUUGGAUUAUUUAGUGCAAAAGAGGUUUUUUAAGUAUAUAAGGCUUUUUAAAGAAAACACCUUUUUAAUACAAAGUAAUUUCUAUGAUGGAGAAACUAUAGCUUUUUAUAAUAAACAAAUAAGAUAA